AAUGAAUUUAGCUGUCGUCUAUGUUACGGUGGGCACUACAAAAUUCGAUGCACUCACCACUAUUAUGGUAUCAGACACGGUUUUAGAAGUACUGAAAAAGCGACAAUGCCAGAAGCUUGUGUUGCAGCAAGGAAACAGUUUACCGGUGGAAUUGGCAAGGAUUCAAGAGAUAGAGAAAAAAUACGGCAUUAAAUUGGAACAAUACAGUUUUCGACCCAACCUAAGUGACAUAAGAGAAGCCGAUUUAAUCAUAGGCCAUGCCGGUGCUGGUACUUGUCUUGACAUAUUGGAGAACGGAAAAGCCGGUCUUAUCGUUGUCAACGAUGAACUGAUGGACAAUCAUCAGAUGGAGUUGGCCCAACAAUUGGCCGACGAGCAGUAUUUAUACUACUGUCGAGUGAAUCAAGUGCCCAGCAAACUGAGCUCUCUUGAUUUCAACGCACUGAAGCCCUACGAGAGGGGCACGGAGAAUAUGCGCAAAUUUGUAUCUUCGCUGGCCGAGCUAAUGUGCUAGUGACAUCAACAUUCCCAUCCAUUCCCAGACAAUGGGUCAUGUACGUAUUUUGUUUUUGGGCUAACCCGAGCAUCGGGCGCUUUUGCUAUUUAUUUGUAGUUUAUAAACACAAUAAAGGACUAUGAAGAA